AUGCUCCGUCGCUCCCCUGGCCGGCACAUAAAGCCAUUUCUACACGCCUUCUCCCCUGGUGUGCGUCCGUCCGAGAAAGGAAUGCUGUACCGCAACAGCUACAUGAACGCGCACGCCCAGGUCGCCUCAAUCCCGAAUACGCACCGGUCGUACAGGGAGCGGACCACCUUCCUGUUGCUGCUGAUACCUGAACAAAUAUUCCUUACCAUCAUGAUCCUUGUCACUGGUUGUGUGGCGGUCACGGUGGUAUUUCGCCAGCAGCCCUUCACCACCACCGUGAAUAAAGAUCGCUGGCUUUCCGGUGGCAUGAAUCCACAUGAGCAGUACGAGCGCAACGCGACCAUGUCGCAGAUAUUCGAGAUGCACAAGGCGGCCAUCGACAACACGCGCGCUGAGCUUACGCAGCCAGAGGUCUUUAGCGCACCUAGCGGCUAUCAUAGCCCCUCUGGCCUGUACAACCCCUAA